AUGUCUUCUCCCAUGAGAGCCUUGAUGGCCUCCGCCCUGUUGGCGAUGGCUCAUGCCCAAGGCGUUAUCAUGAAGGCACAAGGCCCUGCCGGUCCUGCUAGUCCCGGAUUGCUUGUCGACCAGAACAAGCCUGAUGCGAACAUUAUCAACAAGCAGGAAAUUGUCGCCAACGUCGUCAAUGAAUGCGGCCGAACCAUUCUCCAAGGCAACAUCGACAUUGGCGAGGAAACCGAGAACCAACUUGGCAACAAGACCGUCACCCAGGUCACAGCGGGUGCAAACGUUGAUGUUACCAUUGCUCAGGUCAGCGCCGACGGCGCCGGUCCCUACAGCUGCGAUCUCGACUUGACCAGCAACUCCGGAGGCGCUACAGGCCAGACUAAGCUCGCGGUUCAAGAAUUCCAGCCACAAAACGGAAUGAUCAGGCUCAGCGUUACGAUGCCGGCUGACAUGGCUUGCGUAGGAGCCUCCACCGGAGACGUCUGCACCGUCCGCUGCUUCAACAGCAACGCAAGAGGUCCUUUUGGCGGUUGCUUCGCCGUCCAGCAGACCGAUAUAACUCCCAAGCAGAACACUCCCGACAACAUCCCCACCGCUGGCAAGCUUGAAAGCAUCAAUGCCCAAAUCGCACAGGACAUCGCCGACUUCCCUGCCGCCGUCAAGUCGAACCAGGAAGCCAUGACUCAGGGAGACCAGGGCCUUUCUGCCGUCAAGGACCUUCUCGUCAACUCUACCCAGGAGGCAGCUGGCCCUGCCGCAGCCUCCGUCAACAACGCCGAUGCAGCCGCCCCAGCCGUACCUGUCCCAGCCGUACCUGCACCUGUCCCAGCCGCACCUGCACCUGUCCCAGCCGCGCCCCCCAAAGCUGCACCUGCUCCAGCUGCCCCCAACGCCGGCAAGGCCAAGGCCAAGGCCAAGAAAGGUCGCGGUAAGGGCAAGGGUCUGGCGGCUUUCGCCGCUCUGCUGGGUGGAGGUGGCGGAGGCGCUAAACGCCAGCGUCCACAGCAGGCCAACAAGCGGGCUCCCGAAGACCUGCUCAGCUCGCGCUUUGCCCGGAGAAACAUUUUUGGCCGCAACGACUAA